GAAGUCCGAGGUUUUCUUCGGUUCUAAAAUUACAUAUUCGUUCAUUUCUCCAUCGACUUUGUGGGGGUUGCAUGAUCUGUACGUUGCUAUCGAUAUUUUCUUUCUUUUCAAGCGCAAUGGCGGCUAACCGUGAAAGAACUUUCAUCAUGAUCAAACCCGAUGGUGUCCAAAGAGGUCUCGUCGGAAAAAUCAUCAAGAAGUUCGAGCAGAAAGGUUUCAAGCUGGUAGCUCUUAAAUUCAUGUGGCCCUCUGAAGAACUUCUCCAGAAACAUUACGCUGAUUUGUCAUCAAAGCCUUUCUUCCCUGGUCUAGUUAAAUACAUGAGUUCUGGCCCCGUUGUCCCCAUGGUCUGGGAGGGAUUAAACGUAGUGAAAACCGGUCGUGUUCUUCUUGGAGCAACCAACCCUGCCGACAGCGCCCCCGGAACUAUUAGAGGAGACCUCUGCAUCCAAGUUGGUCGCAACAUCUGUCACGGCUCUGAUGCAGUAGAAUCGGCAAAGAAAGAAAUUGACUUGUGGUUCACUGAAAAGGAACAAAUUUCCUGGACGCCAGCGAAUGAAAGCUGGGUAUAUGAAGAUUGAUUUCUAGCGAUUUUAUUGUAAGAUUAAAUUAUUUAUACCCAGAAUAAACCUUAACAGUUU